UCCUUCCUUUUCUUUCUCUCUGUUUUUGAGAAGCACUCCUGAGGCUGAGAGAGAGGGAGAGCCAAAGACAGAGGGGACGUUGGACUUUGGGAACUACUAUGAGCUUUUCUUUUCUUCUUUUCUCUUUUGUAUGAUGAGCAACAGCAGAGUACAGCAGGGACCUCUUCUUCUUUGAAAAAAGGAGGAGGAGAAGAAGAUGGCUAUAGAGAAAAAUGUGCAUUACCAUCCGCAAACACAACACCAAAGCCUCCAAUCAUUCUCCUUAGAUGCUCUUUAUUGUGAAGAAGAAAAAUGGGGAGACGUGGAACAAGAAGGAGAAGAAGACGAAGGAGUUCUAGAUGUCUGUGAAAGUAAUACCAAUGCUAUCUUAAAGAAUAACAACAACAAUGGAACAGCAACAAACUGCCCUUCUUCUCUUUUUCCUCCUCCUCUGCACCUUCCCUUGUUGGAGCAAGACUUGUUCUGGGAAGAUGAAGAGCUUCUGUCCCUUUUCUCUAAAGAGAAAGAAACUCAACAUCUUGCUUCUUCUGGCAACGCUAAUGCAAAAGAUCCCGUAUUCUCAGCUGCUCGUCGAGAGGCUGUGGAAUGGAUUCUAAAAGUCAAUGCCUAUUAUGGAUUCUCUACUUUGACUGCUAUUCUUGCCAUCAAUUAUCUCGACAGAUUCCUUUCUAGCCUACAUUAUCAGAAGGAUAAGCCAUGGAUGAUCCAACUUGCAUCCCUCACUUGCCUCUCGCUGGCUGCAAAAGUUGAAGAGAUCCAAGUUCCCCUUCUUUUAGACUUUCAAGUGUUGGACUCAAAAUAUGUGUUUGAGGCUAAAACCAUUCAGAAAAUGGAGCUAUUGAUUCUAUCCACACUCAAAUGGAGGAUGAAUCCAGUGACCCCAAUUUCAUUUCUUGAUCACAUAAUAAGGAGGCUGGGAUUGAAGAGCCAUGUCCACUGGGAGUUUCUCAGGAGAUGCGAGAGUCUCCUCCUCACGGUCAUGCCUGAUUCAGGAUUCUCAAGUUAUCUUCCAUCUGUGCUGGCUACCGCAAUUAUGCUUCACGUUAUUCAUCAAGUGGAUCCAUAUAAUGCCAUUGACUAUGAGAACCAACUUCUUGAAGUUCUCGGAAUCAGCAAGACAAAAGUGACCGAUUGCUAUGAAGCCAUUGCAGUGCUAUCAAGCACUAGCAAUUCUCUUAAGCGGAAAUAUGAUCCAGUUCCAAGCAGCCCUCUUGGUGUAAUGGAUGCAUUUUUCAACUCUGGUAGCUCAAAUGAUUCCUGGGUGGGUACAACGGGGGGUUUGUCUGGUUCUUCUCCUCCUGAGGAGCCUCAGCCCCUGAUCAAGAAGAGCAGAGUUCAAGAACAGCAGAUGAGACUGCCCUCAUUGACCAGGGUAUUUGUGGACAUUGUUGGCAGCCCUCGUUAAUAGCAGUAUUACUAUAAUCUAUGUGCAUGCAGGAUGCAACUUCCAAUACACAACUAAGUCCCUGCUUGCCUACGUCCUUAAUAUAUCCAAGUAAAUCUUUGGUUCAAGUUCUUCCUCUCUCAGCUUGGAAUUACAUGUUAUCACUGUUGGGAGCAGAUGGCUGGCGAAUUGCUAAAAAAAAACCGGAGUGAAAGAGAGAGAGAGAGAGAGAGAGAUAGAGAUGGAUACAUUCUUCCUCUCUCCGUUUCAGUUUCUCUCUCAUGACAUCAUUGUCUCUCUCUUCCUCUUUCUCUCAAGUCAUUCUCAAUUAUACUACUUUAUAUGGACAUGUUCAUAAAACCAAUAUAAAUUCCCAACUUAUUUGUUUAA